GCAGCAUGUCUGCACAGCAAGAAGAUGCAGCCACUCUCACGGCAAACGCAGCGUUUGCAAAAUUUGAGCAGGCAAGAAAGACGAACGGGAAAUUCGUUGCGAAAGAACUUGCAAUUCGCGAUGAAUUUCGGCGUAUGAAGCGACGCAAAGUAGAGCUCAAGACCAUGCGCAAGAUGAAUGGCGGCCAGCGAGCUGUCUGGGUGCAUGAAUUGAUCGAGACGACGUUCAUCCCAUACAGCAAAGCCUGGAACCGUAAGUUCGCCGAGCAGAUCCAGAGCAUCCUUCCUCCGGAGAUACGCAGCAUGGUGUACAGCUACCUCUUGGACGAUGAUACUUGGGAGGAAUAUGAGAAUGACUUCAUGGCCGUGAGCUCAGUAUUGCCUCCUAGUAUCGGACACUGCAGCUGCCUAAGAGUGUUUCAUGGCCUACCUCGAGUGCCUCACUUCCUACUCCCGGAGUACGUCGGAGUCGCAGCCUCAGAGAUCGUUGAAAAGGUGUACAGUGAUGAUUGGUUCAAAGAGCAGAUCUUGUACGGUCCAACGACCAAACUUGAGUCUCUUGUCCACAAAGACGCUUUUGGAGCCGGCUUCGACCCUGCUCCUCACAUCCGCAACCUAGACCUUGAUUGCGCGGUUGAUGAAUAUCGACGACCUCGUACGAUUCAUUCUGGUGAUACUUGUCAGCAUACACCGUACGAGAGGAAGUACAUCGAACAGGACCGACUCAAGUCACAUUUCGAUCAGCUACUGGGGGUAGUACACAAUCCACACUUCGAGGAACUCGUCAUUACCUUCACUCAGCGCAAUGUCCGCAUUGACGUCCUCGAAGAAGCUCUUGAGGCUUUUGUUGACGUACACAAGGCGUUCAAAUCGGCGGGGAAGACCAUGCAUCUAUCUUGGACAUAUACCUCAGCCACCUGUGCUAAAGACGGCGUACAUAACCACCACAGGCACCUCGACAAGUUCUUCACUGAGCCGCGCUACACAUGGAAGCAUCAGAUGCUGCAGUUCCUGAAGAAGCUGAUACCCUGCAUGUUGGACAGUCACAUCCACUUCCUCGACGAACCAAGCCUUGGACUUUCUGAUGCGGACUUCGUCCACCGUAUGUGGGCGCCUGACGAGAUAUUUGAUGUGGAUGAAGACUUUCAUGAAGUUUCCGAUGAAGACUCCGAUGAUGAGUUUACAGAUGGAAGUAUGGUUGGUGAUUCUCAGUAUGGAAUCAGACGUUAUCUACUGGACUGACGGCAGUCUUGAGCUGAAUGGAGGGCGCAUUCGAUGACAUGCACUCUAUAACACAGCAUUCGAGUAUACAAAGCUUUCUUCAAGAGAAACGACCCUUUCUCUGUCAGACAAGGAAUUAUUCAAGGCAGUGUUGUAGUCUAGCAUUCUCACAUAAGAAAGUAAAGUUCACCUGAGGACCAUCAGUUCGUCUCCCGGACACGUAAAUAAUCCUGAAUGCCAAGGCACGUAU